CCUCGGCUCCGCAUAGUCCCGCAUGGGCUACCCCGACAGAAUUUAAUUGCGACUUCAAGCAAGCGCAUGCAUUUCUGUCGAAUUUAGAAAGACAACUAAUCGCCAUCGCAAACCCAAAACUCAGGCGCGUGUUUGGCUGACUCGCUGAUCUUUUUCGUCUUCCCCUUUGUCGAAAAAUGGGCUCCAUAAUUUCCUUGGUCUCUGGCGCAGUAGCAGCCCUACGCAUGCUGCUGGACCCGCUUGUCCAGUUCAGAAAAGCCCUCGAGCGCGCCGCCGUCUCCCCUGGACUCCCUGUGCCUUUGCCCACCACGCCUCGUUGGACAAGAGACCCACCCCAUCCGCACCUGGUCGGCCAGCAGUCUUCGGAAUUCCCGAACAAGGUAGAUGUAGCCAUCGUCGGCUCGGGCAUCACCGCCGCCGCCGUCGCCUGGUCCCUCUUGCAACAUGGGGACGCCGAGCAGCUCGGUAGCAUCGCUGUCCUUGAGGCAAGGGACCUCUGUGGUGGCGCUACCUGCCGCAACGGAGGUCACAUCAAGGCGUCGCCUUGGGAGGUUUACCCGCGCCUUGCCGAGCGGUUUGGUCACGAUCGGGCAGUCGCGUUGACCAGGUUCCAAAGGAGGCAUCUGGAUGUUCUUGUCGACAUUUGCAAUGCUCGGGGGAUUGAUGCGGCUCACGUUAGUGAGGUGGAAACAGUAGAUUUGUUUCUCGACGAAGCGUCUUUUGAUGAUGCAGUCAAAAAGGUGGCGGAAACGACGUCGAGGAUGCCAGAGGAAGAGGCCGUGGUUUGGCAACGGGAGGAGGCAAAGGAGAAGUUUCGUGUCGGUCCAACCGUCCACGGUGCCAUCUCCUACAAAGCCGGCGUCAUCUGGGCCUACCGCUUCGUCACAAGCAUCUGGCAACAACUCUUGUCCGAACAUCCCGACGUGCUGUCCAUAGAAACACACACCCCCGUGGAAGCCAUCACCAUCGACGACGCCGAGGCCCCACAAAGCCAUCCCUAUGCCCUUCGAACCCCGCGCGGCACAGUGUACGCGCGCAACGUUGUGCACGCCAGCGGCGCCCACGUGUCGCACCUGGUGCCCGGGCUGCGGAGUAAAGUCACCCCGGCGAGAGCGCACAUGUCGGCGCAGAGGCCCGGCGACCUGUUCCCUGCGAACCAUGGCCGCCACCGCUCCUGGUCCGUCAUCUACGGGACCGGGUUCGACUACGUCACGCAGCUACCGCCCGAGGCUGGUGAGAUACCCAGUCAGGGCGAUCUGAUGUUGGGUGGAGGGUUUUUCCGUUCGUUGAAAUACGGUACUGAUAUGCUCGGGAUUGCGGACGACGGGGCGCCCUUGGAUGGGCUGACGCUUGCACACGUGGCCGGGGUUUUCCCUGCGGUGUUUGCGCCGAAUUGGGGAGUCGGCGGUGGGUUGAAGGAGGCCUGGUCUGGUAUCUUGGAUUUCACGGGAGAUUUGUUGCCGCUGGUUGGGAAACUAGAUGGGAAAAUCACAGGCAGGACAGUCAAGGGCGAUCAGGGUUCCGACGGGAAGCGCAGUAGUGCGGAAUGGGUUGCAGCUGGGUUUUCGGGCGAAGGCAUGGUUUGGUGUUGGUUGUCCGGAAUGGCACUCGGCAUCAAAAUGAGCGGCCGUGAGGAGGAAGACCUGGAUCUUGUCCCUGGACGGCCAGCUGGACGGCUCCGGGAUUGGUUUCCUGAUGAGCUUUGGGUGUCGCAGACUCGAUUGAAGGCUGCCGAUGUAAGAAACCUUGCGAACGAAGUAUGAAUGUUGGACUAAGAUGAAUGAAAAGCUGUAGGAAGUUUCCUUUGGUCGUUUGCGAAAUCUAGGGCAUCAAAACAAGGCACAAGAUAUCACUGCACAAUCCAGACAUGCAAACAGCCCGUUAAUCACCUCAACUUGAGCGCCACUAGCCAUC